AUGGUGAAAAGCCUUGUAGGCGGCUGGAUCCUGCUUCUCUUUGUGGCCACAUGGAGUGACGUGGGCCUCUGCAAGAAGCGACCGAAGCCUGGAGGAUGGAAUACCGGGGGGAGCCGGUACCCGGGGCAGGGAAGUCCCGGAGGCAACCGCUACCCACCCCAGGGCGGAGGCGGCUGGGGUCAGCCCCAGGGCGGUGGCGGCUGGGGUCAGCCCCAUGGUGGUGGGUGGGGUCAGCCCCAUGGUGGUGGAGGAGGCUGGGGACAGCCCCAUGGUGGUGGAGGAGGCUGGGGUCAGCCACAUGGUGGUGGCAGCCACAAUCAGUGGAAUAAGCCAAAUAAGCCAAAAACCAACAUGAAGCAUGUGGCGGGAGCUGCCGCGGCCGGGGCAGUGGUGGGGGGCCUGGGUGGCUACAUGCUGGGAAGUGCCAUGAGCAGGCCCGCCAUGCAUUUUGGCAAUGAGUAUGAGGACCGUUACUAUCGUGAAAACAUGAACCGUUUCCCCGAACAAGUGUACUACAAGCCCGUGAAUCAGUACAGCAACCAGAACAACUUUGUGCGUGACUGCGUCAACAUCACGGUCAAGCAGCACACGGUCACCACCACCACCAAGGGGGAGAACUUCACCGAGACAGACGUCAAGAUCAUGGAGCGUGUGGUGGAGGAGAUGUGCACCACCCAGUACCAGAAAGAGUACCAGGCAGCUUACCAAAGAGGGUCGAGCGUGGUCCUCUUCUCCUCCCCUCCUGUGAUCCUCCUCAUCUCUUUCCUCAUUUUCCUAAUAGUGGGGUGA